GGGCAGCCCCAGAGUCGGUGGCCAGCGAACCCAAGGCCCCACCGGCGGCCUCCGCCCCGCCAGCUCGCCAUGCCACGGGGUCCCGACACCCCGGUGCAGGUGUGGGUGGGCGGCCAGCUCUUCCAAGCCGACCGCGCCCUGCUGGUGGAGCACUGCGGCUUCUUCCGCGGCCUCUUCCGCUCCGGCAUGCGGGAGGCGCGCGCGGCAGAGGUGCGCUUGGGCGUUCUGAGUGCGGGCGGCUUCCGCGCCACGCUGCAGGUGCUGAGCGGCGAGCGGCCGGCGCUGGCGGCGGAGGACGAGCUGCUGCAGGCCGUGGAGUGCGCCGCCUUCCUGCAGGCGCCGGCGCUGGCUCGGUUUUUGGAGCACAACCUCACGUCGGACAACUGCGCAUUGCUGUGCGACGCCGCUGCCGCCUUCGGCCUGCGCGACGUGUUUCACAGUGCCGCGCUCUUCAUCCGCGACGGCCAGCGCGAGCUGGCGGCCGAGCUGGCGCUGCCCGAGGCCCGCGCCUACGUGGCGGCGCUGAGGCCCAGCAGCUACGUGGCCGUGAGCACGCACACACCCGCGCCCGGCUUCCUGGAGGACGCGUCGCGCACGCUGUGCUACCUGGACGAGGAAGAGGACGCGUGGCGCACGCUGGCCGCGCUGCCCCUGGAGGCCAGCACGUUGCUGGCCGGGGUGGCCACGCUGGGCAACAAGCUUUACAUCGUGGGGGGCGUGCGCGGCGCCAGCAAGGAGGUGGUAGAGCUGGGCUUUUGCUACGACCCCGACGGCGGCACGUGGCGCGAGUUCCCCAGCCCGCACCAGCCGCGCUAUGACACAGCGCUGGCCGGCUUCGACGGCCGCCUUUACGCCAUCGGCGGCGAGUUCCAGAGGACGCCUAUCAGCUCCGUGGAGCGCUACGACCCGGACGCGGGCUGCUGGAGUUUCGUGGCCGACCUGCCGCAGCCGGCCGCCGGCGUGCCCUGCGCCCAGGCGUGUGGCCGCCUCUUCGUGUGCCUGUGGCGGCCGGCCGACACCACCGCCGUGGUGGAGUACGCGAUGCGGACCGACGCGUGGCUGCCAGUGGCCGAGCUGCGGCGGCCGCAGAGCUAUGGCCACUGCAUGGUGGCCCACCGCGACAGCCUCUACGUGGUGCGCAACGGACCUUCCGACGACUUCCUGCACUGCGCCAUCGACUGUCUCAACCUGGCCACGGGCCAGUGGACGGCGCUGCCUGGCCAGUUCGUCAACAGCAAGGGAGCGCUCUUCACGGCCGUGGUGCGCGGCGACACCGUCUAUACGGUCAACCGCAUGUUCACGCUGCUUUACGCCAUCGAGGGCGGCACCUGGCGGCUGCUCAGGGAGAAAGCCGGCUUCCCACGGCCCGGCUCCUUGCAGACCUUUCUCCUAAGGCUACCUCCUGGCGCUCCUGGGCCUGUGGCCUCGACAACGUCAGAACUGUGACCUCUGGGUUGGCUUUAGGAGGGAGGAGACGCUGUGACUUCUCCCUGAGCUAUGGCUGAGUGUGUGAGGCCGGCCUUAGAAGUAGCUGGCAACUUCCCUUUCUACUGAGACACCCAGGUCUGGUGCCUUCUGGUGGUGUGGACAUGUUCAAGAAGCUCAGGGAGCAGCGAUGACGCCCUCAAAUCACUUGGGCUCUGCUGAGAGCUGGUGGGUCACAAUGUCAGUUGAACAGGGUAGGGGGAGUUGGGAUUUGAAUAAUCCAGGCUUAUAUGUAAUGGGCUAGUGAUUGAGCAUCGCUGGGAGUGACUUAAAUGAUGUUAAUCAAACUGCCAGUAGUAGGCAAGAAUUAGGCACCUACUGUAUGCCCAAUACAGUGUUAUGCCUAAUGAGAGCUGUAGUUGCCACACAGGGAUCCAGGAAGCUUAGAGGAUAACCCAGAAAAAAAUCUUAACAGUUACAGGACAACAAAAAGGUUUACACACACUUGAUCCACAGAGUUGAAGGCAACAUGCAAAAAAAUUUUAAACCACAUACAAUAAAAUAAAGCGCUGAAGAAAUCAGGGCAAAGGGAAAAUAGGAAGAGGAAAAAAAUA